AUGUCAUUUGGACUUGAAAAGUGUAGAACUGUAAAUGUUUACCGCAGACGAAUUGAGUCAUCUAAAGGUUGUGACCUUCAGAAAGGUGGAAAGAUCGACGCGAUGACAGAAAAUGACAUCUAUAAAUAUCUAGGCAUCAUCCAAUCACUUCGAAUCAAUCACAGUGAAGUGAAGAUGAUUGAAGUAUACAAUCAAAGCCUUAAAAGAAUCCUCAGUUCAGGCCUGAAUGGACGCAACCUCACUAAAGCAAUUAACAUCUUUGCCAUCUCAGAAUUAACUUACACGUUUGGAGUAGUUAACUGGUCAGACACCGAACUGGAGAAAAUUGAGAGGUCUACUCGCGUCAUGCUUACUUAA